CCUCCUUUCUUUCAUGGUAACCCAACGCCCCAGAAUCUAAACCAACUGCCGGGUCCUCCCCCCGACAACCCUCCAAAACAAUCACCACUUUUGCGCAUUACCUGCCUCGAUAUCGCGAAACGACCGACCAUUUUUGUUUUUACGCAUUCCUAUACCGUUAUUACUUGGACGACCCCUUUUUUCGACGUGCCAAACUCGAUUUGUGGCGGGAAUUAAACGGUCGAUUUUUGGGCAACCCGAGAGUGUUCUGGGUUUCCAGCUCUGAUCGACGAGAAAGGUUUUGCGCCGCGAGCAAACUGUCUGGCGGUUCUUGCCUCGGAUAAUUUUUGGAUGAGGGGAAUCUGACAGUCGUUUGAGACGUUGGUUUUUUUGGACUUCCCGGGCUAUUUGGGUACUUCGGCCCGCCGCACCAGCCAUGGCGACCUUUACUGCCACCACCCCAUCUCCGCCUCCCACCGUCCGCACCCCCAACACCCCGCGAUUUGGAUACGGAGAUUCUUGGGAGCCCUAUUCACCUCGCAAGUCGGCGCGCAUUUCAUCUCAGAGAUCAUCAUCAGCCCGCACCCCUUCGCCUCAGCCAGCUAAAGCAUCUCGUCCGAUCACGCGCCCUCCCCGAUUCACCAUCACCCGAUCGUCUCCAUCAAAGGAAAAGCCAAAGGACAAGGCGCCCACUGCCAACCCAAUGGCCUCGCCAGCGCCGUCGCCCAGGAAACGGGCGCAUCCGUCCAAGCAGGCAAUGGCGCCGCCGGCGCCGUCGUCGGAUGCGCUGACCUUUGAGGACCCUCGCCAUGCUGCAGUAUUCCUGGGUCCUUCGGGCGGAAAACAGCAACCGCCCGCGGUGCACGGCAACACGCGCAUCUCGGCGCAGGCAGGCAUGCUGCCCACUCCCUCCAAGACACCUAGCCGGAAGCACGCGGAGCAGAAUGAGGCAAACAUCGCUGCCAUUUCCCGUAACCUGUUCCCUUCCGAGGACGAUGUCGUUCCCAACCCGAAGCAGAAGCGCCCAAAGAAGUACACGGGCGUUUCAAUGAGCAGCUUCACUGCUGUCGAUGUUGAGGAGCCCAUUCAGAUCUUCACCGACUCCCACGACCGGGUCCCAGAGGUCGAUCGCAGCAUCGACAACCCUUUCCAGGCGGGUGACCGCCCUCCGGUGGACGCCGAUCCUAUUAGACGUAGGAGCAAGCGCAAGACCGUUGUCGUGCCAGGAGAGGGACAUUCGACCGUUGACGAUGCGAUGAACCAUGAAGACGGCCUGGUCUAUGUCUUCCGCGGCAAGAAGAUAUUCCGCAAAUUUGUGGACAGGGACGAGGAGGACGAAGACCUCCCCGACGAUGCCGGCGAGGGAGCCUCGGGACUCCAGGGUCGUCGCAACAUGACGCGCUCGUCCAUCAAGCCAAGACUCCUCUUCCCGCCCGCGCCCAAGGCCAAGAGGCCCUUGGACUCGGAUGUUGAAGAUGAAGAGGAGGCCGACACGGACAUCGAGGACCAUGCUCAGAGCACGGAUCUGCUGGAUGAGCAGCCUAUCACCCCGACUGAGAACAUCAAGGACAAGGCCCCAGCUACACCCAGCGCGCCGAGGUUCGCGCCCUUCUCACCACCGAGCACCACCAGCCGCACCACUCGGUCCGCGCAGAAGCAGGCUGAUCAGGCGUCGGCAAAGCCCCUACCCGGCGUCCGCAAGACCCGUCGCAGUCCCUUCGACAGCUGGCAGCGUGUCAAGAGCGCCCCGGACGCCACCGCGCCUCCCAAGUCUAACAAGAGGGCUGGUGAUCCACUGCCACCUGCUGUCAACGCGAAGCGUACUCGGUGCUAAGCCGAACACAACAGCGACGGUCAUGGGUCAAGGCGUCUGGCUUAUUGGUUUGGUUGAGAACGGAUUGCGAUGAUAUGUACCCUACUUUUUUCUAAUAUCCCCUUGGCCAACUUCGGUUCUUCCUCUUUUCUCUCGGCGAGCCAACAGCCGCCGAUUUACCUAUGGUUCGACUGGCUGCUCAGGUAGGGCACAGCGUGGAGGAGAAUGCUCUGGCCGUUUGUCUGAGAGGAGCUCCUGCCGCAGAUAAGGACGACCCAGACACGAUUGGAGAGCUUCUUGCGAGAGGAGGCUAGUCUUGGUCAUUCUUCGAUGCUUUGUUCUGGUGUCUUGUUCUUUUGUUUUCCUUUCCUCUCUUCUCUUUUCCAAAUCAACAUCACGAGCAUUGAGUGUAUGGGGCGUCUAUUCAUUUCAGAAUAUGGGAACAAGAGGCAUAGCCCAUGGGCAUGGUAUCUGAACAUGUCAUCACUGUCAGAUUGAAUACCUAGACAUGGGCGGUUUGAGGCGUUAGAUAUGCCGUUAGGUAAACAGGUAGAUAGCACGAGGCCCGCAGGACUUGGUGCCUGUGAAUCUCUCCAAAUCCCACUAACCUCGUAACAAUGGGGCGUUCCAUCGA